GCCCGUAAUGAAGAGAAAGCACAGUCUAUGUUGUAUCGUUUCCGUGAAGCCCAAGCGGCUGAGUUGGGUUUAGGAAAACGUAGAGAACGUAGACCUGGCUUUGCCGGCGUUGUGAAUACGGUGACAGAAGCAGAGAAAUGGCGUAGAGAUAUUCUUAGUGAAAUUUCACGAAAGAUUUCUAAAAUUCAGGAUGUUAGUUUAUCUGAUUACCAAGUUCGCGAUCUUAACGAUGAUAUCAAUAAAAUGAUGGGUCAGAAAUACCACUGGGAAAAGAGAAUUCAAGAACUCGGCGGUGCUGAUUAUACCAGAUCUGCACCUAAAAUGCUGAAUUACGAAGGUAGAGAAGUGCCUGGAACAAGAGGAUACAAAUAUUUUGGACGUGCAAGGGAUUUACCUGGUGUAAGAGAAUUAUUUGAAAAAGCUGGCAAUGAAAUUAAUCGUGAUAUUGAUGCAGAUUAUUAUGGCUAUCGUGAUGAGGAGGAUUCAAUUUUACUCGAAUACGAAAAAGCGCUUGAAAAGGAGUUGAUUGCUAAAUUAUUUGAUGCUCCUGAUGAGGAAAAAGUAUCCGUUGAUGAGCCAGGAAAAAUGGAAGUGGAUCCAGUUACCGGUGAAAGACAAGUCGAAGAUGCGCCUGCAGAAGCUGGUUCGGUACCAACUCAAAAGGAAGUAGAGGCAUAUCUAGUGCAAAGGCGAAAGCAGCAGUUACUGGAUAAAUAUGUAUCUGAGGAUUUAAAGCAAAAUGAGGAGGAAACGAAAGAAUUGACAGGACAAGCUUAA